AUGGCUCCAAGAGAAGGUGGUAAAAGAAAGACACACAGAAAGAAGAAGGAUCCAAAUGCUCCAAAAAGAGCUUUGUCCGCUUAUAUGUUUUUUGCAAAUGAAAAUAGAGAUAUUGUUCGUUCUGAAAACCCAGGUAUUAGUUUUGGACAAGUUGGUAGGGUAUUAGGUGAAAGAUGGAAGGCUUUGAACGAAGUUGAAAAACAACCAUAUGAAGCUAAAGCUGAAGCUGAUAAAAAGAGAUAUGAAUCUGAAAAAGAAUUAUACUUGGCUACCCGUGCCACUGAAUGA